AUGUCCAACCCUGUCACUGAUCCUUCAUACAGUUCAUCCACGUCUGCUGGUGGUGGAGAGAGGACACUGCACUCGGUGACGGACGGCAUCCUGGCUGGUGGCACAGAGAGCUCUGCUUCCUACACCAAAACCGCCAGCUCUCCAGGGCCGGCUCAGCCGGCAUCGGUGGAGCAGAGUGGGACGGCCAACGCCUCCACCAGCAGCCGAGGUUUCACAGGCUUUGCGACCGAGACACUCUUAACACGUUCUUCCAAGAUACCCACUUACUCUUCUUUCCAAAAUGAUCUCACAAACUUUUCAAGUAGUCAUCUGCCAGUCAGUAGCAUCGAUGCUGAGAAAAGGACCUCAGUUUCUCAUACAGACGGCACAUACAUUUCAACCACAUAUACCAGAGGAGGAGAAAGGACCCUCUUGUCUAUCUCGAAUAGCAGCACCUCUGCUGACUCCUCAGAAAGUUCCACCUUUUUUUCUGAAAUUUCCAGCCCUCCUGAUUCAUCAAAAUCUUCUGUGGCACAGGACAGGAGGAGCAACGUAUCCAGCAACGGCAGUUUUGUUGAACCAUCUACAGAGCCAUUGCUGGUACACUCUUCCAAACUGUUGACCUCUGCUUCUGCAGGCAGUGUACAAAAUGCAACUCUUUUCAACACUGACUCUGAGUUGUUGACCACUGCCAGAUCAUCUCUAUCUUCAUCAGCAUCCAACGAUAGCGACCAAGCAAGCACCUCUGUAGCUACGACUGUGGUCAGACGGGUGCCCUCCACAGCUGCCGUGGCUGAGAGCUCACCCAGAGUGACCAACAAGCACAAUGUCACGCACCAGCCCCAAAACAUCACCGCCUUCACCUCCACCGGGUCUCCUCUCCCUACGGCGCCCAUGGAGCAGCUUGGUGGACGCAUUGUGACUGUGUCUGUUCCCCCGAUGGUAAUGGAGACUGUCGCACCGAGAACUAUCACCACCCAGAGGGGCAGCUUUGGAAAGGUAACCGGGAAGGUAACACCGCUGCUCACCACGGCCAGCGAUGCCCCACGCGCUGGGCCAACAGAUGCACCCCUUAGUCCCUCACCAAGUGCAACAAACCACAGUGUCAUCUUCCCUGCGGUGGCACUGACGACGGUGAAACCUCCUGUGCUGACAACACUGGCCGGUCACCAGCCAACCCCAGAUGUGGAUAAAUGUCUUUCCAACCCUUGUCCUGCGCUGGCCACCUGCAACAACACCCAUGGCUCCUAUUUCUGUCAGUGUCCUCUUGGAUAUGAGCUGGAAAAAGGGAAGUGCAAUUUAGUAAGAAUAUUUAUCGGCCAGGUCCCCCUGAAAGUUAAUAUUACCCAUGGGAAAUACACAGAGCUCCUCCACAUCGAGGGUGAAAUCCUGGCGAUGCUUGAUGCAUCGCUGUCGGGCUUGCCAGGGUACCACCACUCCACAGUUAAGGCAACCAGGGAGGCAAAUGUUGUGCAUGUUUCAGUGCAAUCCACGUUCUCUUUAGCAUCCAACGUGACUUUCUACGAUGUUGUCAGCAGUGUGAAAAGCUACAUUCGAGCUUGCAAAUCCCCCACUGAAGCCUGCCAGUUCAUCUCCAGCCUGAAACCGCUCCACAGAGUUGGCAGCUUGUGCAAGCAGAAAGACCCCGAAUGUGACAAGGAAACUUCUGAAUGUACCGACUUCGAUGGAGUUGCGCUCUGCCAGUGCAAAAGUGGGUACUUCAAAUACAACAAGAUGGAUCACUCCUGCAGAG